AUGGGGAAUGGUGUUGUUGUACAGUCCACUGGAAAAGGCACAAUUGGUGUUCAAACUAAGAAAGGUAUGAAGUUCAUCAAUGAUGUCCUCCUUGUUCCAGAUUUGAAUGAUAGUUUGCUUAGUGUUGCUCAGAUGGUCAACAAUGGUUAUUCACUUGUCUUUGAGAAUAACCAUUGCACCAUCAUUGACUCGAAUAAGAAAGAGAUUGUAAAAAACCUGAUGGAAAACAACAACUUUCUAUUAAAGUGGGAUUAUCCGAGAAGCAAAUUAGAUGCAAAAGCCGAAAGAGGAAUCUCCCUUGGCUAUGAUUCACAAGCCAAAGAAUAUCGAUUUUUCAAUCUUAGCAAUAAAAAGAUCAUGAUCAGUCGAGAUGUUAAAUUCGAUGAAGAUGCAAGUUGGAAUUGGGAAGAAGAGAAGGUUGAGAAGAAAUUUUUUCAAGUUGACAGUGAAGUGCAUGAUGAACCUAGAGAUGAGAAUAUUGAAGAAGCUCCUUCCACUCCUAUACAAGCUGGAAAUGGCACUGAAGAAACUAGUGAUGAUGAUAAUGCUACGGGUCCUAGAGGUAAGAAGUCUCUCUCGGAUUUGUACGAGAAAUGUCCAGUCUUUCACCUAGACCCGCAGGAAUGUGAAAGAUGUUACCUUGGUGUUGAAGAGCCCCAACAUAUGAGAAGGCUUUUGAAUACAAAAGGUGGGUCUACAACAUAUGAGAAGCAAGCAGUGGAAGAUGAAAUCAAUACGAUCAAGAAAAAUCAGACUUGGGACAGCUCAAGAGACAGGAAGAUUUAUCAACUUGAUGUCAAGUCUGCCUUUCUCAAUGGUGAACUCGAGGAGGAAAUUUACGUUGAGCAACCUCCCGGAUUUGCUAUUAAAGGGCAAGAUGGAAAAGUGUGCAAGCUGAAAAAGGCUCUUUAUGGGCUAAAGCAAGUGCCACGAGCAUGGUACAACAAGAUUGACUCAUAUCUACUUGCACAAGGGUUCAACAAAAGUAAAAAUUAG